UCAAUGGGGACUCAAUGGGGACUAAAGGUUUGGCCUUCAUUUUUCCGUUAGUUGUUUAUAGUAAACCUUUAGACACAUUUCGCCUAGUUGAUUGGAUCUUCAUUGACAGUGAAGCUGUAACAUAGCAUCCUGCUAACUUAUAUAACUUGUUCUUCUGCUCACGCCAAUGUUGAAAUGUAUCAUGUUAUUACUAUUAUGUGUCACCCUGCAUAGCUGAAAUAUAUCCUUACAGUUUUAGGGAUUGAAAACCCCAGGCCGAAUGUGGUUUCCUUUGAGAUGGGGCACUGUAACUCCAUCUGGAAUAGAAUGUAGAGCUGGAGUUUUGAAUACUCUCCUUGAAUAUUCCCAUCUUUCCUGGAUUCAGCUACAAUUUAUUAUUCUUCAUUUAUCCUUCCAUAGCAAUUUCAAGAAACCCUAGAGAUCUUGCAGAUUAACAAAUUUGGGUGCCAACAGCAUCCUAAAAGGAUUAAAAACCAAAUCUCCUGAUACUGUCACCCAUUAAACUCCAAGGGAUUUGGAGAAGAAUAGAGGAUAAAAGAAGUGAGAACCUGCAGCCCAUAAUCCACAUAUAGCAAUACCAAUACAGACUGGGAUCUGACUACUAAAAUAUGGAAUACAUAUAGCUUAUAUGGCAGUAAGAUUUAUUUUAUACAAUUAAAGGGCAAAUUAGAUGCCUUAAGUUUCUAUAAGAAAGACAGCAGUGAAUUUGCCUAAUCAGAUACAUUAAUUUCUCCACUCAAUCUGCCUAUGGAUUUCCCAACAUAUUGUAUACAGCUUUUCUUAACAGUCUCUUAGCCCAUUUAUAUGAAAAGAGGCAAUCUUCCUCUGGCUCCACUGGUUUCCCAGGUAUUUUAUAAAGAAUUCACAUUUUAUAAACAGAAGAGUUCACAUGUUAUACUUCCUUUUUUCAUUAGAAGUUGAACGCACCUGUAAUGUUCCUCUAUUCCAUGGGCGUUUUGUACCGGAGCAACAGAGUUUUCAGAUCAAAGAUAAAGCAAAAUAUAUUUGUCGGGAUGGCUAUACCACCUCAAAAGGAGAGACUGAGGUAGAGACACAAUGCCUUACAGAGGGCUGGAGCCCAGAGCCAGAAUGUAUCAGGACAUGCUUAAAGCCACCUGCAGAUAAUUUUAUCUUCAACACAACUAAGCCUGUUUUGUUUCCUGGAGAUGUACUUCACUAUGAAUGUAAAGAGGGGUUUGAAAUCACUAAAAAUAGCAUCAGUGACACCGUAGUAUGCACUGAGGAAGGAUGGGAACCUACUCCUCCUAGAUGUGUGGCAUUUGUAUGUCAAGCUCCAUUUUUGGAAAAUGGCACAAUUGAUCCAAGAGAGGACGUAUUUCAGCAUAAAGCGGUGGUGCAUUUUAACUGUGACACAGGAUUCAUAAGAGUUGGCUCUGAAUCUGCACAAUGUUAUCACUUUGGAUGGUCUCCACAGCCUCCAGUCUGUAAAGAAAAUGUUAAAUCUUGUCAGGCAUCACCCAGGAUUUCACAUGGCAUGGUUACCGAUGAACGUAAAGCAGUACAUCAGCAUGGUGAUCUUUUGGAAGUUCAGUGUGAUAUCUCAUUUGCACUUCGUGGAUCAAAAACCAUAGAGUGUGUGGAUGGUGAAUGGGCACCCUUACCAUCAUGCAUAAAGGAAGUAAAAACUUGUGGACCACCUCAAAAAAUUACAAAGGGAAUUCCUGCUGAGGCUAAGUCAUCCAUAUACAGGCAUGGUGAAACCGUGGCAUACCAAUGCCAACAACGAUCUGUCAGUAUUGGGACCAACCCAGCGAAGUGUCUUCAUGGACAAUGGGAACUACCAUCAUGUCUUGUUAAUCCAGGAAAUUGUGCACGUCUACAGCUUGCAGACUUUUCACCAGGAAAUUUGUUUAAGACCAACCAGUUUGCAACCUACCGCUGUGGUUCCAAUCUGCAGCAAACAAAAUGUGUUGAUGGAUCAUGGUUUCCUGAGCCACAGUGUAAAG